AUGACCUCCUCCAAGCCCAAACCAACCAUCGUCUUGGUGCACGGUGCCUGGCACAAACCAACCCACUACGCUGAGUUGGUCUCCGCCCUUCGAGACCUAGGCUAUGAACUUCACGUGCCAGCACUGCCCUCGAUGAAGGGUGACUGGCCCCCUACCGCUGAUCUCGAAACCGACACCCGCUACCUCCACGACUACGUGGAACGUCUCGCUCAGGACGGCCGGCAGAUCGUCAUCCUCUUGCACUCGUACGGAGGCCAAGUCGGAACCAAUGCGCUAGCCAGGUUGUGUUUGAGCGUAGAGACUCGCACCCAGCAAAGUCUGCCUGCUAGUGGGGGCGCCGUGAUCCACCUAAUCUACAUGUGUGCACUCGUGCUCCUCGAAGGCAGAUCCAUGAUGGGGAUUUUCCGCGACAAUUGCGAUGAAGACCUUGUCCCUCUGUUCAUGGAGACCGCAGACGUCGUGCGGCGAUUCUGGAACAGGGAAUCACAGGGCCGUGAUCUGAGUACGCCCGUUGGUGAUCAGCGCAAUAUGGUCGCUAAUAUGAGGGCCGCUGGGAAGGAGGUGCAGGUGUUCGAGCUGGAUACGGGUCAAUGUCCUCAUGUUACCUGGUUGAGUGAAGUGGUGGAUGUCGUGGAUGGGAUUAUUAGAGGCUUGUAG